AUGGACAAAGAGAGACUGGACUUGGAGCUGAUGAGGUCUGAAAUCCUGAAACAAAGGGACAGUUUAGAACAAGACAAAACAGAUAUAACUGAGGAAAGAGACCAGUUGAAAAUCAAACAGACUGAGCUACAAAAGAAGAAAGAACAAACAGACAUUCUUCUUGAUGAGAUAAAAAGAGAGAAAAAAAACAUGAAACAUCUGACAAAUCAGCUUCACGCUGAACAAGAGAGACUUCAGAUUGCCAUGGACAUGAUUACCUCCAAACAAGAAGCACAAGAACUCAAAGAAGAGCAGUUGAAGACACAAACACAAGAAUUGGAAAGCACUGAGACCAGUUUACUUUUGGAAAGAGAGGAACUGGAACUGAUAAGGAAGGACCUGAACAAGAAGAAAGAAGAGGUUGAAGCUGCCAUGAUCACCAUCAGUGAAGACAGAGAACAAGUAAAUCAGAUGAAGAGUAGCACAGACAGGGACAGACAAAUGUUUGAGAAUGAAAAGGAGAGAAUGGAAGGAGAAAGGUCUGAGCUGAAAAUGAGACAAGAUCAACUCUUCACUCAAAUGAAAUCUGUUGGAGCACUGAGGGAAAAACUUCAACAGAUGAAUGACAAAAGAGACCAGUUGGAAAUCAGACAGACUGAGCUGCAAAAACAGAAAGAACAAACAGACAUUCUUCUUGAUGAGAUAAAUAGAGAGAAAUCCAACAUUAAACAUCUGAAAACUCAGCUUCAGUCAGAAGAAAACAGACUACAGAAAGCCAAGGACAUGAUUACCUCCAAAGAAGAAGAACAAGAAUUCAAAGAAGAGCAGUUGAAGAGACAAACACAAGAAUUGGAAAGCACUAAGACCAGUUUACUUUUGGAAAGGGAGAAACUGGAACUGAUGGAGAAGGAUCUCAACAAGAAGAAAGAAGAGGUUGAAGCUGCCAUGAUCACCAUCAGUGAAGUCAGAGAACAAGUCAAUCAGAUGAAGAGUAGCACAGACGGAGACAGUCAAAUGUUUGAGAAUGAAAAGGAGAGAAUGGAAGGAGAAAGGUCUGAGCUGAAAAUGAGACAUGAUCAACUCUUCAGUCAAAUGAAAUCCGUUGUAGCACUGAGGGAAAAAUUUCAACAGAUAAAUGACAAAAGAGACCAGUUGGAAAUCAGACAGACUGAGGUGCAAAAGCAGAAAGAACAAACAGACAUUCUUCUUCAUGAGAUCUAUAGAGAGAAAACCAACAUGAAACAUCUGACAAAUCAGCUUCACGCUGAACAAGAGAGACUUCAGAUUGCCAUGGACAUGAUUACCUCCAAACAAGAAGCACAAGAACGCAAAGAAGAGCAGUUGAAGAGACAAACACAAGAAUUGGAAAGCACUGAGACCAGUUUACUUUUGGAAAGAGAGGAACUGGAACUGAUGAGGAAGGACCUCAACAAGACGAAAGACGAGGUUGAAGCUGCCAUGAUCACCAUCAGUGAAGACAGAGAACAAGUCAAAGAUCAACUCUUCAGUCAAAUGAAAUCUGUUGAAGCACUGAGGGAAAAACUUCAACAGCUGAAUGAAAAAGUGCAUGAAAAAAUGAAAAGCAAAUUCAUCAUUCUAGGACAAAACAACCAAGAUGUAGUCAAACAGGUCGAUGUUUUGGAGCAAAAAUAUCAGGCUCUGGAAAUACAAAAAGAGACAAUGUUGCGUCACACAGAGACAUUACAGAGAGAACGAGAAGGACUGAAAAGUGUGUUGUCAGAAGUUGUCGCUCAGAGACUAGAAAUGGAAAAUCAACUGCAACAAGAGGAUUUGUUGGAAAAGACAAGACUUGGAGAACUGAAGUCACAGCUGAAGCAAUACAGAGAGAAUCUGGAUAAAGAGAGGGGUAUGAUGGACAAAGAGAGACUGGACUUGGAGCUGAUGAGGUCUGACAUCCUGAAACAAAGGGACAGUUUAGAACAAGACAAAACAGAUAUAACUGAGGAAAGAGACCAGUUGAAAAUCAAACAGACUGAGCUACAAAAGAAGAAAGAACAAAUAGACAUUCUUCUUGAUGAGAUAAAAAGAGAGAAAAAAAACAUAAAACACCUGACAAGUCAGCUUGAUGCUGAACAAGAGAGACGUCAGAAAGCAAUGAACAUGAAUACCUCCAAACAAGAAGAACAAGAAUUCAAAGAAGAGCAGUUGAAGAGACAAACACAAGAAUUGGAACGCACUAAGACCAGUUUACUUUUGGAAAUAGAGGAACUGGAACUGAUGAGGAAUGAUGUCAACAAGAAGAAAGAAGAGGUUGAAGCUGCCAUGAUCACCAUCAGUGAAGACAGAGAACAAGUAAAUCAGAUGAAGAGUAGCACAGACAGGGACAGACAAAUGUUUGAGAAUGAAAAGGACAGAAUGGAAGGAGAAAGGUCUGAGCUGAAAAUGAAACAAGAUCAACUCUUCACUCAAAUGAAAUCUGUUGGAGCACUGAGGGAAAAACUUCAACAGAUGAAUGACAAAAGAGACCAGUUGGAAAUCAGACAGACUGAGCUGCAAAAACAGAAAGAACAAACAGACAUUCUUCUUGAUGAGAUAAAUAGAGAGAAAUCCAACAUUAAACAUCUGAAAACUCAGCUUCAGUCAGAAGAAAACAGACUACAGAAAGCCAUGGACAUGAUUACCUCCAAACAAGAAGCACAAGAACGCAAAGAAGAGCAGUUGAAGAGACAAACACAAGAAUUGGAAAGCACUGAGACCAGUUUACUUUUGGAAAGAGAGGAACUGGAACUGAUGAGGAAGGACCUCAACAAGACGAAAGACGAGGUUGAAGCUGCCAUGAUCACCAUCAGUGAAGACAGAGAACAAGUCAAAGAUCAACUCUUCAGUCAAAUGAAAUCUGUUGAAGCACUGAGGGAAAAACUUCAACAGCUGAAUGAAAAAGUGCAUGAAAAAAUGAAAAGCAAAUUCAUCAUUCUAGGACAAAACAACCAAGAUGUAGUCAAACAGGUCGAUGUUUUGGAGCAAAAAUAUCAGGCUCUGGAAAUACAAAAAGAGACAAUGUUGCGUCACACAGAGACAUUACAGAGAGAACGAGAAGGACUGAAAAGUGUGUUGUCAGAAGUUGUCGCUCAGAGACUAGAAAUGGAAAAUCAACUGCAACAAGAGGAUUUGUUGGAAAAGACAAGACUUGGAGAACUGAAGUCACAGCUGAAGCAAUACAGAGAGAAUCUGGAUAAAGAGAGGGGUAUGAUGGACAAAGAGAGACUGGACUUGGAGCUGAUGAGGUCUGACAUCCUGAAACAAAGGGACAGUUUAGAACAAGACAAAACAGAUAUAACUGAGGAAAGAGACCAGUUGAAAAUCAAACAGACUGAGCUACAAAAGAAGAAAGAACAAACAGACAUUCUUCUUGAUGAGAUAAAAAGAGAGAAAAAAAACAUAAAACACCUGACAAGUCAGCUUGAUGCUGAACAAGAGAGGCGUCAGAAAGCAAUGAACAUGAAUACCUCCAAACAAGAAGAACAAGAAUUCAAAGAAGAGCAGUUGAAGAGACAAACACAAGAAUUGGAACGCACUAAGACCAGUUUACUUUUGGAAAUAGAGGAACUGGAACUGAUGAGGAAUGAUGUCAACAAGAAGAAAGAAGAGGUUGAAGCUGCCAUGAUCACCAUCAGUGAAGACAGAGAACAAGUAAAUCAGAUGAAGAGUAGCACAGACAGGGACAGACAAAUGUUUGAGAAUGAAAAGGACAGAAUGGAAGGAGAAAGGUCUGAGCUGAAAAUGAGACAAGAUCAACUCUUCACUCAAAUGAAAUCUGUUGGAGCACUGAGGGAAAAACUUCAACAGAUGAAUGACAAAAGAGACCAGUUGGAAAUCAGACAGACUGAGCUGCAAAAACAGAAAGAACAAACAGACAUUCUUCUUGAUGAGAUAAAUAGAGAGAAAUCCAACAUUAAACAUCUGAAAACUCAGCUUCAGUCAGAAGAAAACAGACUACAGAAAGCCAUGGACAUGAUUACCUCCAAACAAGAAGCACAAGAACUCAAAGAAGAGCAGUUGAAGACACAAACACAAGAAUUGGAAAGCACUGAGACCAUUUUACUUUUGGAAAAUGAGGAACUGGAACUGAUGAGGAAGGACCUCAACAAGAAGAAAGAAGAGGUUGAAGCUGCCAUGAUCACCAUCAGUGAAGACAGAGAACAAGUCAAAGAUCAACUCUUCACUCAAAUGAAAUCUGUUGGAGCACUGAGGGAAAAACUUCAACAGCUGAAUGAAAAAGUGCAUGAAAAAAUGAAAAGCAAAUUCAUCAUUCUAGGACAAAACAACCAAGAUGUAGUCAAACAGGUCGAUGUUUUGGAGCAAAAAUAUCAGGCUCUGGAAAAACAAAAAGAAACAAUGUUGCGUCACACAGAGACAUUACAGAGAGAACGAGAAGGACUGAAAAGUGUGUUGUCAGAAGUUGUCGCUCAGAGACUAGAAAUGGAAAAUCAACUGCAACAAGAGGAUUUGUUGGAAAAGACAAGACUUGGAGAACUGAAGUCACAGCUGAAGCAAUACAGAGAGAAUCUGGAUAAAGAGAGGGGUAUGAUGGACAAAGAGAGACUGGACUUGGAGCUGAUGAGGUCUGACAUCCUGAAACAAAGUGACAGUUUAGAACAAGACAAAACAGAUAUAACUGAGGACAGAGACCAGUUGAAAAUCAAACAGACUGAGCUACAAAAGAAGAAAGAACAAACAGACAUUCUUCUUGAUGAGAUAAAUAGAGAGAAAAACAACAUAAAACACCUGACAAGUCAGCUUGAUGCUGAACAAGAGAGACUUCAGAAAGCCAUCAACAUGAAUACCUCCAAACAAGAAGAACAAGAAUUCAAAGAAGAGCAGUUGAAGAGACAAACACAAGAAUUGGAAAGCACUAAGACCAGUUUACUUUUGGAAAGAGAGGAACUGGAACUGAUGAGGAAGGAUGUCAACAAGAAGAAAGAAGAGGUUGAAGCUGCCAUGAUCACCAUCAGUGAAGACAGAGAACAAGUCAUUCAGAUGAAGAGUAGCACAGACAGGGACAGACAAAUGUUUGAGAAUGAAAAGGAGAGAAUGGAAGGAGAAAGGUCUGAGCUGAAAAUGAGACAAGAUCAACUCUUCAGUCAAACGAAAUCUGUUGAAACACUGAGGGAAAAACUUCAACAGUUGACUGAAAAAGUGCUUGAAAAAGUGAAAACCAAAUUCAUCACCCUAAAACAAAACAAUCAAGAUGUAGACAAACAGGUCGAUGUUUUGGAGCAAAAAUAUCAGGCUCUGGAUAAACAAAAUGAAAUAAUGUUGCGUCACACAGAGACAUUACAGAGAGAACGAGAAGGGUUGAAAAUCGUGUUGUCAGAAGUUGUCGCUCAGAGACUACAAAUGGAGAAUCGACUGAAACAAGAGGAUUUGUUGGAAAAAGCACAUCCUGGAGAAAUGAAUUCACAGCUGAAGCAAUACAGAGAAGAUCUGUAUAGAGAGAGGGGUAUGAUGGACAAAGAGAAACUGGACUUGGAGCUGAUGAGGUCUGACAUCCUGAAACAAAGGGACAGUUUAGAACAAGACAAAACAGAUAUAACUGAGGAAAGAGACCAGUUGAAAAUCGAAAAGACUGAGCUACAAAAGAAGAAAGAACAAACAGACAUUCUUCUUGACGAGACAAAAAGAGAGAAAAAAAACAUAAAACACCUGACAAGUCAGCUUGAUGCUGAACAAGAGAGACUUCAGAAAGCCAUGAACACGAAUACCUCCAAACAAGAAGAACAAGAAUUCAAAGAAGAGCAGUUGAAGGACAGAAUGGAAGAAGAAAGGUCUGAGCUGAAAAUGAGACAAGAUCAACUCUUCAGUCAAAUGAAAUAUGUUGAAGCACUGACGGAAAAACUUCAACAGAUGAAUGACAAGAUGAGUGAAGACCUGAACAUUUUUAUGGAGAGAUUACAACAAAACAAUGAGUAUGUAGUAAUGAUGUGCACUGUAUUGGAACAAAAGUGCACAGCAUUAAAAGUGCAGAAAGAAAGCAUGUCUUCUUACAUUGAACUGCUUGAGAAAGAAAAGAAAAGGCUGAUGAGUAUAAUGUCUGACAUGGUCAAUCAGAGAGAAGACAUGGAAAAUCAAUGGAAGCAGAAGUUUGAGCUGGAGGAACAAGAUCUUAAGAAACUGAGGGCAGAACUGAAGCAACACAGGGGAGAUGUGGAUAGACAGAGUGAGAUGAUGAACAAAGAGAAACAGGACUUGGAGCUGAUGAGGUCUGACAUCCUGAAACAAAGGGACAGUUUAGAACAAGAGAAAACAGAUAUAAAUGAGGAAAGAGACCAGCUGGAAAUCAAACAGACUGAGUUGCUAAAGCAGAAAGAACAAACAGACAUUCUCGUUGAUGAGAUAAAUAGAGAGAAAACCAACAUUAAACAUCUGAAAACUCAGCUUCAGGCAGAAGAAAACAGACUACAGAAAGCCAUGGACAUGAUUACCUCCAAACAAGAAGAACAAGAACUCAAAGAAGAGCAGUUGAAGAGACAAACACAAGAAUUGGAAAGCACUAAGACCAGUUUACUUUUGGAAAGAGAGGAACUGGAACUGAUGAGGAAGGAUGUCAACAAGAAGAAAGAAGAGGUUGAAGCUGCCAUGAUCACCAUCAGUGAAGACAGAGAACAAGUCAAAGAUCAACUCUUCACUCAAAUGAAAUCUGUUGGAGCACUGAGGGAAAAACUUCAACAGCUGAAUGAAAAAGUGCAUGAAAAAAUGAAAAGCAAAUUCAUCAUUCUAGGACAAAACAACCAAGAUGGAGUCAAACAGGUCGAUGUUUUGCAGCAAAAAUAUCAGGCUCUGGAAAAACAAAAAGAAACAAUGUUGCGUCACACAGAGACAUUACAGAGAGAACGAGAAGGACUGAAAAGUGUGUUGUCAGAAGUUGUCGCUCAGAGAGUAGAAAUGGAAAAUCAACUGCAACAAGAGGAUUUGUUGGAAAAGACAAGACUUGGAGAACUGAAGUCACAGCUGAAGCAAUACAGAGAGAAUCUGGAUAAAGAGAGGGGUAUGAUGGACAAAGAGAGACUGGACUUGGAGCUGAUGAGGUCUGACAUCCUGAAACAAAGGGACAGUUUAGAACAAGACAAAACAGAUAUAACUGAGGAAAGAGACCAGUUGAAAAUCAAACAGACUGAGCUACAAAAGAAGAAAGAACAAACAGACAUUCUUCUUGAUGAGAUAAAUAGAGAGAAAAACAACAUAAAACACCUGACAAGUCAGCUUGAUGCUGAACAAGAGAGACUUCAGAAAGCCAUGAACACGAAUACCUCCAAACAAGAAGAACAAGAAUUCAAAGAAGAGCAGUUGAAGAGACAAACACAAGAAUUGGAAAGCACUAAGACCAGUUUACUUUUGGAAAGAGAGGAACUGGAACUGAUGAGGAAGGAUGUCAACAAGAAGAAAGAAGAGGUUGAAGCUGCCAUGAUCACCAUCAGUGAAGACAGAGAACAAGUAAAUCAGAUGAAGAGUAGCACAGACAGGGACAGACAAAUGUUUGAGAAUGAAAAGGACAGAAUGGAAGGAGAAAGGUCUGAGCUGAAAAUGAGACAAAAUCAACUCUUCACUCAAAUGAAAUCUGUUGGAGCACUGAGGGAAAAACUUCAACAGCUGAAUGAAAAAGUGCAUGGAAAAAUGGAAAGCAAAUUCAUCAUUCUAGGACAAAACAAUCAAGAUGUAGUCAAACAGGUCGAUGUUUUGAAGCAAAAAUAUCAGGCUCUGGAUAAACAAAAAGAAAUAAUGUUGCGUCACACAGGGACAUUACAGAGAGAACGAGAAAGGUUGAAAAGUGUGUUGUCAGAAGUUGUCGCUCAGAGACUAGAAAUGGAAAAUCAACUCAAACAAGAGCAUUUGUUGGAAAAAGCACAUCCUGGAGAAAUGAAGUCAGAGCUGAAGCUAUACAGGGAAGAUCUGGACAGAGAGAGGGGUUUGAUGGACAAAGAGAAACUGGACUUGGAGCUGAUGAGGUCUGACAUCCUGAAACAGGAUGAAAAAUUAGAACAAGAGGGAAAAGAUGCAAAUGUGGAAAGAGACCAGUUGGAAAACCAACAGACUGAGCUACAAAAGCAGAAAGAACACAUGCUUGAUGAGAUAAAAAGAGAGAAAAACAACAUCCAACAUCUGAAAACUCAGUUUAAGGCAGAAGAAAACAGACUACAGAAAGCCAUGAACAUGAUUACCUCCAAACAAGAAGAACAAGAAUUCAAAGAAGAGCAGUUGAAGAGACAAACACAAGAAUUGGAAAGCACUCAGACCAGUUUACUUUUGGAAAGAGAGGAACUGGAACUGAUGUGGAAGGAUCUCAUCAAGAAGAAAGACGAGGUUGAAGCUCCCAUGAUAACCAUCAGUGAAGACGGAGAACAAGUCAAUCAGAUGAAGAGUAGCACAGACAGGGACAGACAAAUGUUUGAGAAUGAAAAGGACAGAAUGGAAGGAGAAAGGUUUGAGCUGAAAAUGAGACAAGAUCAACUCUUCAGUCAAAUGAAAUAUGUUGAAGCACUGAGGGAAAAACUUCAACAGCUGAAUGACAAGAUGAGUAAAGACCUGAACAAUUUAAUGGAGAGAUUACAACAAAUUAAUGAAGAUGUAGUAAUGCUGGGCACUGUAUUGGAACAAAAGCUCAGAGCUUUUAAAGUACAGAAAGAAAGCAUGUCGUCUUCCAUUGAACUGUUUGAAAAAGAAAAGAAAAGGCUGAUGAGUAUAAUGUCUGACAUGGUCAAUCAGAGAGAAGACAUGGAAAAUCAAUGGAAGCAGAAGUUUGAGCUGGAGGAACAAGAUCUUGAGAAACUGAGGGCAGAACUGAAGCAACACAGACAAGAUCCGGUUAGACAGAUUGAGAUGAUGAACAAAGAGGAACUUGACUUAGAGCUGAUGAGGUCUGACAUCCUCAAACAAGAUGACAAAUUACAACAAGAGGGAAAAGAUACAAAUGUGGAAAGAGAACAGUUGGAAAUCAAACAGACUGAGCUACAAAAGCAGAAAGAACACAUGCUUGAUGAGAUAAACAUAGAGAAAAACAACAUUAAACAUAUGAAAACUCAGCUUCAGGCAGAAGAAAACAGACUACAGAAAUCCAUGAACAUGAUUACCUCCAAACAAGAAGAACAAGAACUCAAAGAAGAGCAGUUGAAGAAUUGGAAAUUCCAAUUGGAAUUGGAAUUGGAAAGCACUAAGACCAGCUUACUUUUGGAAAGAGAGGAACUGGAACUGAUGAGGAAGGACCUCAACAGCAAGAAAGAAGAGGUUGAAGCUGCCAUGAUCACCAUCAGUGAAGACAGAGAACAAUUCAAUCAGAUGAAGAGUAGCACAGACAGGGACAGAGGAAUGGAAGGAAAGCUGUCUGAGAUAAAAUUGACAGACUGGCCUACUAGUGUAAUUCACUCUAUUUGCCAUCUGAAAGAAAAACUGAAACAGCUGAAUCAAAGUAAACAUGAAUAUUUUACAAAGAAUAUGGACAGAUUAGGGCAGAAACACAGAGACUUGUUGCAAUUUAACUCAAUCUUGAAACACAAGUGUGAUGAACUUCAUAAACAUAAAAAUAAGAUUAGGGGUUAUUAUGAUCUGAUACAAAAAGAGAAUAAACAUCCGGUGACAAUGAAGUUGGACAAAGCAGUACAAAGUGAGGUUUCAAAUGAAUGGAUGCAGGAGCAAGCAUGUGAUAAUGGUGUCCUGCAGUCAGAUGUUGCAAUCCAGACUGAAGAAAUUAAAAAUCAGUGGACGUUAGAAGGAGAUGAAUAUUAUCUUGACAAAAAAGGGAAAACUGAGAGGGAAGAUAUGCUUUUAGGAGCCAAGGAUGAAGAAGUGAAAAAUAAACACAAACAGAGACUUUCUAUAUUGUCUGAGUCUGCAUCAGAUCAAGAUGAUUUAAAAGAUGAUAAAAUGUCAAACACAGAUUUCUUGCGAAAGAUGUGGAAGGACACUAAAAUGGAACGGAAGGAGAUCAAUCAAAUAAAGUGCGUGAGCCAUGAGAUCAGAAACAACCUGGAGAAUAGACUAAAGGUGAUCAAUCAGUUUGUUAAGAGAACACAGUUCCAGAAAGAAAGGGAACCAUGGAAGUUCAAACAAAGGCUAAGUAGUGACAUUCCAUCCCAAAGUGACAGGAAGAGAGACUGCAUUACACUCAAUAAAAAACACACAGAUCUCCAGCAACUUAAGUUUGAGAUGCUCUCUGAGAACAAGAAACUCUCUGUCAAAGAAAAGGUGCCUCAUAUGUUGACAACUAGCAACAAAGCUAAUGAAACAUUCCAGGUUGAUAUAACUACAAGAGAUGCAACAGUGAAUGUAACAAAACAAGCUUUUAAAAAAACAUAUCAAGAGCAGAUGAAGGUAAAAGAAGAAGAAUCAGAAGCCGGUCCAAAGACAUCCAGUGGACUUCUCUGUCAUCUCCAGCAUUACUGCUAUCGAUGCUGCUGCCAUUGCUGUGCCUGCUGUAAGCAAGUCAGCCAGGAGAAGAAAUGAAAGACAGAUCUAUUAUGUCUCUGGUGUAUUUGGUUCAUUUGUGGGUUUGAACUUAUGUGAAUUAAAAUGCAACAGUUCUUCCCUCAAAAUGGCAUCUGGGGCCUCCAUUUUGGUCAUCUGGCAAGGACACAGCCAGAAAUCUCUCCUCCCAUGGUGCUUGGCGUUUGACCCCUACAGAAAACCUUUGGCACCACAGGUGGUCUAAUGUAGCCAGAGCCCCCCUCUCCUCUCUCCAAUUUUUCUUCUCUGCCUGCACGGCAGCGAGACCUCCUUCUCCACUGGCCUCAGGAGGGGACACAGAGACCUGGAUCCACCAGCCCCCCUCCUCCCUCAACUCCUGCACCAAGUGUGAGGCCUUCUGCCCUCUUCAACAAAUAAUCCUGCUGUAACUUCCUGGCUACUCUGUGCACCCAAAGGUUGGAUUAAUGAACACAAAGUUCCUUGCAACAUCCAGAGAAACUGCCUCAACAGUUUGCAAGACAGCAAAUUAUUGAAACCCAGCCUGCAACCAAAUCAGCAAAGAACUGCUUGAUUUCAGCCUGCAACCAAACCUCCUUCCCACGCCUUCUUCAUAAUCCUUGUCAUUUAUGGACUGGUAUGUACUGCUUAGAUAAGACAAUCAGCAAGGACUCAAGCCCAAAGUAUCGACCUGUAAUCAAUAAUUUGGUUUAUGUGUUAUUUUCAGUAUUAUUGUUGUAAUAUUUGUGUAGCUACAUCAUUUGAAGUUGAAUGUUAAUCUUGUAUUACAAAGACACUUAGUCGUACAGGCAAACUACACACAACACAUUUCACAUCCAACAUACUUUAAAUUCGCUUUUUACAGACAUGCAGCUCUGUAGAAGCUUAUACAGCAACACAUGGCUCAUUGUCCUUUAAGACAGGAAAAACCAUCCCUUCACACCAACACUGUCUUGUUUUUCAACCCGUUGUCUUAAAGACAUGAAGCUCCCCACAUACACAUUACAUUACAUUACAUGUCAUUUAGCAGACGCUUUUGUCCAACGCGACUUACAAUAACACACAUGCCUUUUCUCUUUUGCACCUUUACAUUGUAAAUAAUCUAAGAUUAGUUUUUGUAGCUCUCUAUACUCCAUAGAUUGUGUGCAUUUGUUUGCUUUGCUUUGUUUAUUUGGAACAAAUACCCCUUUGGAAUAUACAUCCUGUCCAUUUAAUGUUGUACACCGUGAACAAUAUGCUAACUUCUUCUAUAAAAAUAAUUCCAAAUUCCUUCAACCACUACUAAAUUUAAAUAUGGUAAUUUAAUUAUAAUUAAGUUAAUUAUUAAUCAGUGUUCCAAACUGAUAGUUUAGUAACUUUAUGAGACUGACUUAGGUGAAUUGGCUAUCUUUUCUCUGUUUUACAGUGGUGCCCCAAAACUACAGGUGACUUAGAGUAAAUCAAGUCAUAAAGUAUUAUAAUUAAUGAUUAUUUAUGACCAUUAUUAAUUCUGAUGACCAUCUAACCACGCUUUUGAACCGUGAGACCCACACAAGUGUUGCUCAGGUUCAUCCUUACAUAUUUUAUAUUUUUAUGAGUGUUAUAUCAUUCAUGGUAACGCCCUUCUUUACAUUAAUGAUGCUCCAGUAUGAGGCAUCCUAUAACUGUUAUAACCCUACAUUAAAGAGUUAUAACCCUACAUUAAUGGCGCCCUGUUGGGAGGUAUCACUUAUUUGUAAUCCCACAUCCUAAAUUCCCUACAACACUCAAAAUGUCAAAAUGUUUUUCUGUGUAUCAAAAUGCAAAAUGUUUGAGGUUUUGUGUCUUGAAAAACGAUUUUCCUUUACUGCCUAUUACAUUUUUGAUUGCCUAUGUAAAUAUCUUUUAUCUGUUUAAUACAUUCUCAUGUAGGGACAACUGGACAUUGCUUAUGCUUUUUCCAAUUCCUGUCUGGAAUGCAAGGACUGGUAAUUCCCCAAGACCUGGGGAAUGUUGACACUCACUCUUCCCACUUUACAGACUGGUUCACACAAAUGAUCAUUGGCAUUGGUGCCUAGCCUUGUUUAUUCAGAUGUCCCAUAACCCUUUAUCUUCCCGAGAAUAGUAACUUAUAGUAGUAAUAGUAACGAGAAUAAUCGACAAUUUUGUUACUUUAGAGCUAAUAAUCUUUCUAUAGCCUCGCUCCAAAGUUUAGUUUCACGUGGUGAUGUAAUUUAUAUUGUUUGGUCAACAGUAUUGAUCUCGUUUUCAUCACGAUACAGAUUAAAGAUCAGAUUUAUUUCAUAAGUAAAGGUCUAUUCGCCAAAGACUGCCACAGCCGCAACUACUGUCUGGACCAUCUACAGCGUUAGUCAGCUGCAUAGAGACUUGUUCCACCGCUGGUACCACCAUUGCCUGCUAGGCCCGUCUACUUUGCAAUAAGUUAGCGGCCAGUCCAGCCACUCCAAAGUCACCUGACCCAAACACAACCACGGGACAAGACACGCAAGAGCUGACAGCUUCUCUGGUUGCCACUGUUUUGCCAAGGACUGACUGCCAUGACCUGGGAUCCAGGCAUGGAACAACAGACGGAUUAACAGGUGGACCGACCAGUAUGGAUAUCUGAGACGGAUGCUGCCCCUCUAAAUGGCGUUGAUAAAAGAUGAACCUAAGAUCCUUAAAAACGAGCAUGGACGUUGGUUGCUGCAAAAGUAGGCAAAGUGGUUUUUUUGGCUGUUUUCUGGCAUGCGUGAUGCAGAAACUUUAAACUUUUGAAAUAAGUUUCAUCUUUGAUUUAAAGCAACUUGCUCACGUUCUCGAUAAUGUGAAUUAAUAUAUUUUAUUCAUGAAAUGAGAGAGACGUCUAAUUUCCUUUAUCUUUAGUGAGAACAUUUGUUUUCUGGGUAAAAGUUUCAUGUUGCAUUAACUUGUUGCUUCUUUUCUUUUACUUUGACCGACUAUAUAUGUGUGUCAAUUUAUUUUUUCAAAUAAAUGUAUUAUCUCGUCGUAAUAAUAA